GUUCAUGGCUGGACGUUCACUAUCUCUGAAUCAGCAAAUCACCUCGCAGUUUGUGACACUUUUGGGCUGGCUCUUAUGUCAACAGUGGGACAAGUGAAAGCGAAAUGAAGCCGGGAUUCUCAGAGUUCGGGUGCCUGUGUAGCAGAGUCGCCGAACAUUGUUUGGCUGGUCACAAGAAAUGGAGCCCAAUUUCGCCGGUAACUCUGAAGGUCUGGCAGCAGGAAGCUCAGAAACUAGAACCAUGUGCGAGCACUUCAAGAAUACCAGCGAUAUGAAGAUACACAUCAGAACACUUCUGGAUUCGGGUAUCUACAUCUUCAGCUGCCCCUACUGUGGGCAGAGAUGGCCUUGGCAAGAACUACGCAGACUGGAACUCUUCCCUGAGAGUGAUCAGAAGCUCUUUGAGGAGAAGAUCUCUCGACUGACCGAGAGUGACACCAGAUAUUACAAAAAGUGUCCGAAGUGCAAACGCGUCGUGCAGAGGGUGGACCUAGAGGAGCGUUUUGUGGAAUGCCCAGCCUGCCCAGGGAAUACGGGAAAGCCCUAUCGGUUCUGCUGGGACUGCCUGAGGAGAAGGAACAGGCGUCUGGCACAAGGAGAGGCCUGCAAGAACAAGGACUGCAGCUUGGUGGCGCUGCUGCAGUCGUGCCCCACCAUCAGUGACCCGCUUUUGACCGUCCAUGGCUGCCCUUCGAUCCGGGCAUGUCCCGCCUGCAGAGUCCUGGUCUCCCACAGAGGGGGUUGCAAGUACGUCUAUUGCAGGAGCUGCGGCCACUCCUUCUGCUACCGGUGCUUGGAGAAACGCACCGUCUGCCACGCUGCCAAACCCGAGUGGUACCACGUGGCUCGCUGCGCCAAGCCCAGGGCGCCCAGGCAGACGGUUCUAACCAAACGGCCAACUCCAGCCAGUGCCAAGCAGCUCCAACCCCACCACUGACGCUCCGUAACAGCAGCGCAUACCAUCCACAAGACCCCC